AUGUGCCGCUCCUUUUUGCUUUUUCUUUUGAUCUCUCUUUUCGUUUCUUUUGGUUUUGCUGAAAUCCGUUUCACAAAGAUCCGAUCCAAUGACCGUCCCAUAAUCCCUUUCGAUGAGUUCUGGUUCACUCACAAUGGCCGUCUCGAACUCAACGUCUCUCAGAUCACUCUCUCAGACAAUAACCCGAACCUCAACUUCAACAAUGUCGGAUUCUUCCUCUGCACACGCAACGCGUGGCUCCAUGUGCUUCAACAACUUGCUGACGCCGAAAUCUCGUGCGUUCUCCAUUCCAGUCUCGUCAAAAUCGUCUCCAACUUCAAGACUCUCAAUGGGAAAUCGAGCUUCAACUCCGUUCUCCCAGUAAAAAAUGCCGACCGGUACACUCUACUCUUCGCUAAUUGUCUUAGUCAAGUCAAAGUAUCGAUGACCGUCCGAUCGGCAAUGUACAAUCUCAAGGGAAAUCAAAACCAUCGCGAUUACCUCUCCGCUGACGAAACAUUUCUCCCUAAGCUUUACUUCCUUUUGUCCCUCGUUUAUUUCACCCUGGCAGGGAUUUGGAUUUACGUGCUUUACAAGAAACGUCUCACUGUUUUCCGAAUCCACUUCUUUAUGCUAAUUGUUGUCGUUUUAAAAGCUUUGAAUCUCGUAUCCAAAGCAGAGGACACAUUAUAUAUCCAACAAACCGGGACUGCUCACGGUUGGGACGUUCCGUUUUACAUAUUCAGUUCCUUGAAAGGGAUCAUGCUUUUCACGCUCAUCAUUUUGAUCGGCACCGGUUGGUCGCUUUUGAAACCUUACUUGCAAGACAAGGAAAAGAUGGUUUUAACGAUUGUUAUUCCACUUCAAGUUGUGGCUAACAUUGCCCUAGUUAUAAUCGACGAGACCUCGCCUUUCAGUCCAUAUAGGGUCACAUGGAAAUCACUAUUUUUGCUUGUCGAUAUUAUUUGUUGUUGCGCCAUGUUGUUGCAAAUCAUUUGGUCAAUUAAGAACCUGCGUGAGGCGGCUCAGACGGAUGGGAAAGCUGCAGUGAAUUUGAUGAAGUUGACGUUGUUUAAGCAGUAUUACGUUAUGGUGAUCUGUUAUAUUUACUUAACUCUUGUUGCGGUUUAUGGUUUGGAGACGAUUACUUGGGGUAAGUAUCCGUGGAGCUGUGUGUUGGUCGGGGAGUUGGCCACGCUCGUGUUUUAUGUGUUUACUGGAUAUAAAUUCAAGCCAGAGACGUAUAACCCGUAUUUUGCUAUCGAUGAUGAAGAGGAAGAGGCUGAUGAUGUAGAGCAGUUGAAACUUCAUGAUGAGGAAAAAAUUGGGCAAUGA